CUGCACUACGGGACCCUGCUGGGCAGCAGAGCUUGUGUCCACAUGGCAGCAGCUGCCUGGGCCAGUGGGUUUCUCUAUGCUGUGCUGCACACGGCCAAUACACUGUCACUGCCGCUCUGCCACGGCAAUGCCCUGGGACAGGUCUUCUGUGAAAUCCCACAGAUCCUCAAGCUCUCCUGCUCACACACCUACCUCAGGGAAGUGGGGCUUAUUUGGGCUAGUGCCUUUUUGUACUUUGGGUGUUUCGUUUCCAUCGUGCUGUCCUACGUGCAGAUCUUCAGGGCUGUGCUGAGGAUCCCCUCUGAGCAGGGACGGCACAAAGCCUUUUCCACGUGCCUCCCUCACCUGGCCGUGGUCUCCGUCUUUCUCAGCACUGCCACGUUUGCCUACCUGAAGCCCCCCUCUAUCUCCUCCCCAUCCCUGGACCUGGUGGUGGCAGUUCUGUACGCGGUGGUGCCUCCAGUAAGUUGUUCACCACCGACUGUUGUCCAGUGUCUCAGUCAGUCAUAUCAGGAAAAAUCCCUCCCCGUGUACAUCUACCCAACCAUCUUGGUGGUAACGCUUUUUGUGCUACACGGGCACAUAUCCAGCAGCACCCAGUGCCCAGUGGAACGUUCCAGUACCUACGGCUAG